AUGACUUGUCCAUCUCCCAGUGAGGCAGAUGAUGUACAAGGUAUGAAAUUAACCAGCACUUGGAUCCCUGAACAUGUAGUUGUUUAUAAGAUGGCACAAUCUACCCCGGAUUUCCAGCGGCUAAUGAUUAAUGCUCAGAUUGGUUGGAGCUCACGCACAAGGAAGGUGGAAAAGAAAAUUUACACAAUUGUAUUUAAAUCUUUCAUGAACAACAGCAUUAUCUGUUCACUUGCUCAGGCAGAUGGUGGAAUCAAGAAGGAAUCAAGUUCCCCGAGGCCAAUGAAAUCCACUGAAACAGUGUCUGAAGAUCAAAUCUUCAAAGCCGAAAAUUGUGUCAGAGAGCCUUUAAGUUCGGAGUUGUGGCAAGAACUAGGAAUGAAUGAAUAUCUUGAUCAUUAUCCAGACGGGAGCACAAUGGAUUUGGAGGUAAAACCGUGUGGUUCAGACAAUACGCCACCUCAGUCGGGGCUAGCGAUUUUGUUUGUGGUAUUGGUCAAAUCUGCAAUGCCCAUCAACAGCUCAAAAUUGGUCUGUCCUGAUGAACAACAUAUACCAGGCUGCCUCAAGCGCCUUAUUGAUUUCGAGCCCGACUCAUCUGGAUUAUCAAAACAUUUCGCAGGUUUCUUUGGUCUAUCAGCUUCAUGGAUCAGUUCAUUUCCUUCAAGUUUAUUCAGUUCAAUAGGUCCUCUUCCAAAUUCGAUUUGGGAAUCAACAGGUUCAUUAGCAUGGGUUGGUUUAGUGACUGUUUCGUGUCAUUUAUCUGCUUUACAAUGGGUCAAUAUUUGUCUUUACCUAGGAUAUGGUAUUGAUCGUUGGACUCGGACAGGUGAUUUAAACUGGAUGUUAGGAAAGACUCAAGAUAUAAUAGAAAGUGUGAUUUAUAACAUCACCAAUCAAUUUAUACAUUCACCAAUCAAUCAUCAAAACGGACUUGCUGGUUUAAAUAGAGAUGGAUCUUUACUUACCGGUGUCAAUUUGAUUUCAAAAGAUAGAUUAAAGAAAGCUUACAUCAGGUUAUUGAUGUCUAAAACUUUAUGUAAAUUAUGGAGAAUUCAGAAUGCUUUUAUUGCAAGGGGAAAUGAACCUUGCAAUCAGAUGGGGCCAAAUGGUGCAAGUGAUGAUCCAACAAGACUCUCAUACUGUGGUCCUGAUAACAUAAUAAUGAAUAUAUUUCGUGCAGAAGAUAAUGGAGACCAUCAUUAUACAGAAAUUCUAAAUGCAUCAUAUGUUGAAAACAUCUAUGGUUUCAGUGUUGAUGAAUUAACAAUGGUCUCAUGGAAUUGUCAAAAAAAGUAUAAUGUCUUUGAAUUUGAACCUGGUCUGAACAAUACAAAUGUAGAUUUUUCAACAAGUUCAGAAAACUUACCAUCUGAAGAAUGUUAUUUUAAUUUACCAGUUUGUGAUUGUACAAUUCCAGGUAAAUGA